GGGGGUGGGGGCUCCUCGCUCUCUUUCUUAGUCUCCUCUUCCCGUCCCUCCAUUCCACUUCCUCUUCCUCUUCAGUCCCGCACUCGCAGUCCAAUCUGCUCUUCUGGGAUCCGCCCUCAUCUCCCUCUCUUCUCCCUUCUCCCUCUCACUCCUCUUCGAACCACCACGCCACCCCACCAAUGGUUAUGCGUCCCAUUUGGACCUUUUCCCCCUCCUUUGAAGCCUGUCCUUAUUAACUCUAUUUGUGCAUUUCUAGGGUUUCGGCUCCUUCGCGUGUCGGAUUGUGUACCCGGGAAUCGCCAGAAAUUGUCUGGAGCAGUUCUGUGUGCAUCAAUCAGUCUUCGCCCAUUGCAAUACCAUGGCGUUAGCACAGAAGCUCGCGCAGUUUAAUAAACAGCAAGAGAAGUUGCAAGCUUCUCUCGCCACCCUCCCUACUCGUCCCAAACCCGCCUCUGGCUCCGCCUCUCGCAAAGCCCCCGCCCCGCCCCCUCGGUCGCAGCCCCUUGUGCCGCUUGCGCAGCGGUUCUCCUUUACUAAUGAUACAGAGAAGCUGCAACAGAUCGCCACCAUCCAGAAGUCGCCCGUCGGUGCGCAAAUUAAGCGUGUGCUCGAUCUCUUGCUCGAAACACGCCAGUCACUUCUUCCUGAAGAGAUCAAUGAUCUCUGCUUUGUCGAUGUAAAGGGUAACAAGGAUGUAUUUGAGAGCUUGAAAAGCAAUGUGAAGGUUUCGUUCGACGGGCAGCGAUUCGCGUACAAGUCUAAGCACGUCUUGAAAAAUAAGGAUGAACUCCUUGUUCUUGUGAGGAAGCUUUCAGAAGGGGUUCCCAUGGGUGAUUUAAAAGACUCGUAUCCUGGGAUCGCUGCUGAUGUUCAGGAUCUCAAAGCGAGUGGGAAAGUUUGGGUUUUGAUGAACAGUGAUUCGCAAGAGGACAUCGUCUACCCAAAUGAUCCCAAAAUCGAUAUUAAGGUGGAUGAGGAUUUAAAGCAGUUAAUCAGGGGAAUAGAUACACCUCGAGAGUUUAUGGAUGUGGAGAGAGAGUUGCAAAAGGCAGGCAUGAAGCCGGCUACAAACUCAGCACGAAGAGAGGCAAUGGCAGGAGUUCCUCGAUCUCAGAUUCCGAAGCCACAGAAAAAGAAGAGAAGGGAAUCUAAACGGACUAAGUACACAAAUGCUCAUCUGCCAGAGCUCUUCAAGUCUAUUGACGUGCCCUAGAUCUAGAAUUCUGGCAUUUGCUGUUGUACUCGUUGUGUUCUCAUUUUAUUGCAUAACUUGUCUAGACCUUUUUGUUCGAGAGCGUAACAACCGGAUCUGUUCUAAAACUGGCAAGUACCGAAAAACCCACCCUUAAAAGCGGCCAAAAUUCAACUUAGCAUGAGGUAUUCUUUGAUCGGAGGAAGGGAAUAGCCAUUGUGGUAUUUAAGUGCCUUCUCUUAGGCAGUCUUCUCAGAUUACCUUUUCGGGUGAGUGCUUCCACGGUACAUGGCACGGAUGAAGAGUGAGUCAAGAGAUAUAAUCAUUCUUAUAGAUGAUGACGUCAAAUUUCUUGUAUGAUGGUGUAAUAUGUUUUUAUUACUCGUAAAAUUGCGGUAGGAAACGUGGUGGUUGAGGACCAUCCAUUGUGUACUCGGAAUGAUACAUAUGUAACUUAAGCACGUUGUUACUUCCGUUUUGAAAUCA